AUGGAGUUUGUGAUGAAGGGCAAGUUCACCUUCAUCGUGGUGGAAGAGCGCACGCCUUCCCCGACCCGUGCGAAAAGCGUUCCACCGAGACUGACGGUCAAAGUCGAAGGCACUCAGGACAAGUACCUAGCCGAGCUGGUGGGGCGCGCAGCAAAUCUGCAACCAUUGCCUCCAGUUCCGGCUUUGCCACGGCUUCCUCAAGUUCUCCUUGCCGAAGUGGAUGUCUCCGAACAGGUGGCUGCUGAACUUGUUGUUCCUGGCAGCUGGGGUCAUCCGGAGUUUUGCCGCAGGCCCUGUGCGCUCUUCGCGCGUGGGACCUGUCAGGCCGGUUGGGAUUGUCACCACUGCCAUCACGCAAGCCAUCCCAAUGCGUUUCGCCCGACGAAGCGUCUUCGGGAGAAGUUGCGGCGCUUGAGUGUUCCAAGCAAGUUGCUCCUCCUGCGCAACUGCUUAGACGCCAAGGCGGCCGGAAUGCCAGAGGAGGGUCUUUCUCUUCAAGCUUUGCGAGAUGUUAUUGAAGACGCUUGGGCCAUGGCGGACCAGCAGGCGGCCACAGAUGUGCGCUUGCUCCAAGCACAGCUCUCGGCGCUGCCCGUAGGUGCCUUGCUGGGGAACCACGUGAUCGGCGGUUUCAGCCCCGAACUUCGCAGCUGCAUCCAAGAGCAGUUGGAUUUGUUGAAGUUGAACAGUCCGGCUCCAUCUUGA